AUGUCACAACUAUUCGAGUGGGCUUUCGGCAAGAAACUCACGCCCCAGGAGAGGCUUCGAAAGAACCAACGGUCCUUGGAAAAAACCCAGCGAGAAUUGACCAGAGAGACCACCAAACUCCAACAGCAAGAAAAGAAGCUCAUAGGAGAAAUCAAAAAGUCCGCCAAAGCGGGCCAGUUGGCGAGUGCCAAAAUCCAGGCCAAGGACUUGAUACGGACCCGAAACUAUGUGGUUAAAUUCAACUCGAUGAAGGCCCAGUUGCAGGCAAUUUCCCUUAGAAUACAGUCGAUCAGAUCGAACCAACAGAUGGUGUCAUCGAUGCGAGACGCCACCAGAUUGUUAAACGGGAUGAAUCGGUCUAUGAACUUGCCCCAACUCUCAAGAAUUGCCCAGGAGUUUGCCAGAGAAAACGAUUUGAUGGACCAAAAACAGGAGUUCAUGGACGAGUCUAUCGACGACAUCAUGGAAGACGAUGACGAACUUGGAGAAGAUGAGCAGAUCGACGAGAUCUUGGGCAAGGUCAUGGACGAGAUUGGUGUGGACUUAAACACCACCUUGAAGGACACCCCCAACACCAUCAACGUGCCAACUGAGGAACGCAACGAGAGAGUGGCAGAGAAGAUUGGUGGCCUGGAUGAGGACGACUUGCAGGCCAGAUUAGAUAGUUUGAAGAAGUGA